GAUCUAUAAAUUUUGGGCGAAAAAGUUCUGUUAAAGAACAUGCAUCUUCGGAUCAACAUAUAGAUGCAAUAAAACUCGAUACUGCCGAAAAAUUAAAAGAUAAAGAAUCAGAACAACUUACACAAAAAAACAACGGUCAUAUAGUUGGAAUUUUGAAAAUCGUAUAUACACUUAUAAGGCAAGAUAUACCAUUAGCCAAGCUUCCUUACUUUGUUCAAUUGUCUCGUGAAUUGGAGUUACCAUUUAUUAUAGAUG